GUCAGUUUGUUUCACAUUUCACCCAGGAAACCGCUUGCUUUCACAGAAAUUUACAGGAGUGUGUUGUUACUUUACGGACCGUCAACAACCACCAUCAACAUGAUGCUUGUAAUUGAAGAUAAGGAUUCCUUCCUCAAUGCACUGAAGGAGGCAGGAGACAAGCUGGUGGUGGUGGACUUCACAGCCACCUGGUGCGGCCCCUGCAAGAACAUUGCUCCCUUCUUCAAAGGGCUGUCGGAAAAACCAGAGAACAAAAAUGUGGUUUUUCUCAAGGUGGACGUCGACGAGGCAGCGGAUGUGGCCAAACACUGUGACAUCAAAUGCAUGCCUACAUUCCAUUUCUACAAGAAUGGGGAAAAGGUGGAUGAAUUUUCCGGGGCCAACCAAGCCACGCUGGAGGAGAAGGUCAAUGCCCUGAGGUCAUGAGGCUAAUGCUGCCACACACUGAACCAAAACAACCACCAACAAUGUCUAUAAAACAUAUUCCAACUCCCUCUUGAAGGAAAUUCCACCAUAUUCCAACUCUCUCUCGACGGAAAGAUUCCACCAUAUGUACAAUACAACGUUCAGUUUUAAAUCAAAAUGGCUAUAAUCUUACUUUUCUUUUCUAAAUGUUCAGACCAAACCAUGCCUCUAAACAUCCAGUGUAUGAGUAUUACGUCAUGUUAUUAUUCAGCUAAGGAGUUUCUCUUUUAAAAUGACCAUAUUAUAAACCUGUUUUUAUAUCUUCGAGCCAUGUUGUAUUGUUUGUAUUCUGUGUGGCUGCAGACAAUAAAUUUAAGAUUAAUGCUGAAA